UAAAUUAGGACAAGUGCAAUAGGUUUAGAACUUUUUUUUUACACUUUUCCCAUUUAGAGUACAUGAUCAAUAUCAAUAACAAGGGAUGAGGAAGCUUCUUUUAUGACAAUGUUAGAAACUUGGAGUCACCAAAUCGAAUGUAUGCGUGAGGUCUUCAAUUAAGUAAUCAUGGACUUGACGGAGUGUUGUCACAAUAAUGCCAACACCACCUCCUCUUUCAAUAAGUGAUGUUAUUCUACCUCACUUAUAGUUUCGCUUGCAUUAGCCUUGUCAAUUUGAGGCGGGGAAAGAGCUCAAGGGAUAUUAUUCUAUACACUUCUAAUGACAUCAUUUCUUUUGUAAGCCACAUCAAAAGAUGUUAUAUUAAAAUAAUGUUAUGUAGGAUUUUCAAGUCAGUAAGAUGAUUGACGUUACAUGAGUGAAUUUAAGUGAAUGUUUUCUUAAUGUUAUGGCACUUAAAUGCGACAGUUUGAAAAGUUAUGACAUCUGAACAUCCUAGAAGUUUUGGGGCUGUAAGUGCUAUUGCGAUUGCCUGAGAGCAGAUUCCUUACUUCCUUUUCGACUUCCCUUCCAACCAAAGUCACAAGUUUAGACCGGUCCGAUGACCGAAAUGUCCGGUUCAAGUAAUCGCAUGGGCCGGUUCACCGGCACCGUGAAAAUCGCGAUCGAGACGCGACGGAGAGUGGUCUCCGGCGAGCGAGUUUUGCGGAUGGAAAAAGCUAAAAGCUCGCCGGAAUAGCAACGGCAGGGAAACGCCUGUAAUCAACUUGUGUCGGCGAGCACGGAUUCCUGUGGGGUUGGAUCCUACAAAGUGAAUCGAAGGAGGGACAAAUGAUUUGAUUAAAGAACUUGGGUCUGAAUCUCUUGACGGGAUCAAUACCGGGGGGGAUUGGCAAUCUGAAUCGCAUGCAAUACCUGAGCCUUAAUGCCAAUGCAUUCUCUGGGGAGCUUCCGAAUGAGAUCGGAAAUCUUCAUGAGCUGCUAGCAGUGUCAUUCGCAGAAAAUAACUUCUCUGGUUCUCUACCACUUUCUCUUGGAAAUCUCUCAAAGUUACAGCAGUUAUACUUCUCUAGCUCAGGAAUCAGCGGUGCAAUUCCAUCAUCUUUUGCAGAUCUUACAGAUUUAAAUAUCCUGUGGGCAUCUGACAACAAUCUCACAGGCUCCAUCCCUGACUUCAUAGGAAACUGGCUCAAACUUACUGUGCUGAGGCUGCAAGGCAAUUCUUUUGCCGGUCCAAUACCAUCAACCUUUUCCAAAUUAACCUCUUUAAAAGAAUUGAGAGUAUCCGACAUUUCUAGUGGCAUCUCUACGCUAGAAUUUCUGGCUGACAUGAGGAAUCUCACAACUUUAGUUCUGAGGAAUAACAAUAUUCAUGGUACUAUUCCACCAUAUGUCAGUAAUAACAAAAAAUUAGAGCACCUAGACUUAAGCUUCAAUAAUCUGAAUGGAUCAAUUCCAGAUUCCACAUUCACAUUAGAUUCACUUUCUUAUUUGUUUCUCGGAAGUAAUAAGUUAAGUGGAGCCCUCCCCUCAAAGAAAGGCACCUCUCUUGUUUAUAUAGAUCUCUCCUACAAUAACUUAUCUGGCAACUUUCCUUUUUGGGUCAAGGAAACUAUUCAAAGUAACUUCGUUGCCAACUACUUCACAGAAGAAAGUUCAAAUAGUGGGGACUUGCCUUCGGGAUGGAUUUGCCUUCAACGACCAUUUCCUUGUAGAGACACAGGAGUCGAUAUUAGUUUUGCAAUCAAUUCCGGGGGUCCACUAGUCAAAUCUUCUGAUGGAACUCUGUUUGAGGGUGACUACAACAACGGCAUUGGUCCAGCUUCAUUCUUUGUCAGCGAGACAAAGAGGUGGGCACUUAGCAAUGUUGGGAUUUUUACUGACGCUACCAACUACCAAUUCACAUGUUCAACCUCCAACGCCAUCUUGCAUACGCCAGAGCCAGACCAAGCUCUCUUCCAAACAGCAAGGACAUCUGCGUCAUCAUUGAGAUACUAUGGGUUGGGACUCCAGAAUGGCAACUACACAGUGAACCUAGGGUUUGCAGAAACAGCUUUUCCAGAUGAUAGCCAGUGGACAAGUCGGGGGAGGCGUCUCUUUGAUAUAUACAUUCAGGGGAUUUUGAUGUCAAAGGACUUUGACAUUAGAAAGGAAGCGGGUGGAAAGUCCUUCCGAGCUGUUGAGAAGGCAUUUAAUGUUCAGGUAUUUGAAAACUAUGUUGAGAUUCACUUCUUUUGGGCUGGAAAAGGGACGUGCUGCAUGCCUUCUCGAGGUACAUAUGGACCAUCUAUUUCAGCUAUCCGUGUUAGUCCAGAUUUUACACCUACUUUUCCAGACAAGAGGAAGAAUAAGAUGCCUUUGGUCACAGGGAUUGCAGUUGGUGUUGGAGUCGCGUUAUUUCUAUCAACUUUCGUAGCUUGUUAUUAUCUCGGAAUAAUAAAAAGACCAAGCUCCAAUCAAGAGACAGAUGCCCUGAGAGUUGCUACAGGGGCAUUGACUUUCAACUAUUCAGAGCUACACAGUGCAACAAAUGGUUUCAGCCUUGCCAAUAAGCUGGGCCAGGGUGGUUUUGGUAUUGUUUAUAAGGGAGCACUAGGUGAUGGGAGACUUGUUGCUGUGAAGAAACUCUCUGUGACCUCUGACCAAGGAAACAAUCAAUUUCUAGCAGAAAUUGCAACGAUAUCUGCUGUUCAACAUCGGAACCUCGUAAAGUUGUAUGGAUGUUGUGUACACGGUGAUGAACGCCUCCUUGUGUAUGAGUUUCUAGAGAACAGUAGCCUCAAUCAUGCCUUAUUUGGGAAAACAAGCCUUCUUGUUGACUGGGGCACUCGUUAUGACAUAUGCUUGGGCAUAGCACGAGGACUAGCUUACCUUCAUGAAGAAUCAAGAGUUAGAAUUGUGCACAGAGAUGUGAAGGCCAGCAAUAUUUUGCUUGAUGCAAGUCUUAACCCAAAAAUUUCAGACUUUGGAUUGGCAAAGCUUUACAAUGAUAAAAUGACUCACAUAAGCACUAAAGUUGCAGGGACAAUUGGGUAUCUGGCACCAGAGUAUGUCAUGCGUGGGCACCUGAGUGAGAAGACUGAUGUCUUUGCCUUCGGUGUGGUGGCUUUAGAGAUUGUUGCUGGAAAGCCAAAUUUUGCAUCCAAAGGAACGGAAUCUCUGCUUGAGUGGGCCUGGCAACUGUACGAGAAUGAGUGCCAUGUUGAAAUAGUGGACCCUAGAUUAUCAGAAUUUGAAGAGGAGCAAGUAAAACAUGUGAUUCACAUGGCUCUCCUCUGCACCCAGAUGCAACCAUCUCUAAGGCCACCAAUGUCCAGUGUAGUGGCAAUGCUUCUGGGACGUACUAAUGCCAUACCUGUGCCUUCAAAGCCAGGUUACUUGACUGACAACAUGUUUGGCAGUUUUGUCAAUUUGAUGAGUGAAACAGUGACGCAUAUAAACUUGCACAACGACUCACCUUCAAGCAGCCUGAUCGACACUGGAGAAAAGCGUUCCGGAAUGCUGCCAAACCAAUCCUAUGGAGAUCCAGAAAGCUCAGUGGUGAAGCAGCUGAUUGAAUUGAAGGUGCUGCAUGACGAGACAUGACAUGUGAAGAUUGAUAUAAAGCAUUGUCCGAUGUCUAGAUACCGUAUUAAGAAUGAACAUCGAUAUUGUGUCAUUUCUGUCAUAAUAACAACCGGUUGUUUCAUCAAUCCGGAAACCGUUUAGGGGGCAUUGAAUAGUAAAGCUGUUCUGUGUAAAUCGAUGAAGGAAAUCAAACUGUUCUGGUUCCUAGCAUAGUCUUAUAGAAAAGCAGUGUCUACAAUGUCUUCUUAUUAGAUGUUCAAGUCAAUGACCAUUGAGAAGUUGACCGACCACUUUAUCACUGGGGAAGUACAUUUGCCAAUCUUAAA